AACAAAUUAUGUGGGGUUUAUAUUUAAAAAUAACACACAUUUUAAUCUUUGGGCUUGGAGGAAAGUUAUCAAGUAUUUUCCAGUCAAAAAACUCAAGUCCAAUGAAGUCAGAGUUGCAAGUUUUUUUCUGAUUUUGUUGAGUCUAAAGUCACCAAAGGUGUGGCCUGAGUCCACAUCUCUGUGAGAGACUGAGAAAAUGACCGUCAUGAUGUCACCAGCACGUCCACAUGCUUUUGUUCACACAGCAUGUCCGUUAGGUGUUGUUUUGAACGCCGAAACGCUCCGUUGGUUAUAAAGACAGCAGCAGCAGCAGCAGCUUCCUCCGUCAGUUGAUGAUGGAGUCUGUGCUGGUCUGUCUGAUGUUGCUCUCCGCUGGCGGUGUCGUAAGGCGGCACGACGCCGCCGCCCUGCUGGUCUCCACGAUGCGGGUGAGAGUCGGGGAGGACGCCACUCUGCACUGCCCCCUGCUGGCAGCCUCCAACGCCACCACCAACACGACUGUCCCUUCCACCCUCAGCUGGUACAAGAGGACAGCGGAACAGGGUCCUCAGAUGCUUCUUUCCAUCAGGUCCAACGACAGCUCGAAUGUGAAGUACGGCUCCGGUUUCAGUCCUGAGAAAGUCUCGGCCACCGCCAACGGCUCGCUGCUGCUGCACGCCUCCCAGCGGAGCGACUCGGCGAUUUAUUACUGCGGCAUCACUCAUGGAGACGAGCGGAAAGGCAAAGUCCCAGAGAAAUGAUGUGGUGCGUUUACUGGUUUGAUCUGUCUUCACUCCCGGCUUCGGAUGUGUUCCUGCUUUACCUGCACACACCGAAACCUGAACGAUGAUGAAUGAACAUUCAUUUAGCGUAUGAAACUCUGUCGUUUCUGUUGUGAGUUGAAUCAAAAGGCUCCUAACAGCUGCAUUCAGUGGGACCAUAUUAUUUUGUUUCAUUUAGAUUUGUGUCACUAUCGUUUGUAUUUUUAUUCUAUGUUUAAUUUACUUUGUACUCCUUUGAUUAUUUGUCUUGUUUUUUCUUUUUCUUAUUCAGUAUUUCAUGUUAUCACCGACUUAACAAUAAUUGUGAUUUGCGUUUCUCUGACACUUCGCAUAUAAAUUAAUAAAGUAUCUAUGUGACCAAACAGUAAGACGUGUGACUGUUU